AGACAUUUCUUCCUUGCAGAGGAAGAAAGUCUAUUUUAACUAAUGGGACCCACUCAGUGCUUGACAGCUGUGCUCCUCCUGCUCCUUGAUCUCUGUGCAGGAAAAAGGAUGGUGUCCAUUCAGAAGGGACUUCUUUAUCGAGCAAGAGGCUACCACAUCACCAUCUGGUGUAAUGUCAGUGGCUAUCAGGGAUCACAGGAGCAGAAUUUCCGUUGGUCCAUUUAUUUGCCAUCUGCCCCACAGAGAGAACUGCAGAUUAUCAGCACUGAUGACAACUCCUUUCCUUAUGCUAUCUACUCUCAACGUGUCAGAAGUAGGGAGAUCUACUUAGAAAGAAUCCAAGGAGAUUCUGUUCUGCUGCACAUCUCUGAGCUCAAAGACGAGGAUGCUGGUGAAUAUGAGUGUCACACACCCAACACAGAUGAUACUUAUCUUGGGACUUACAGUGCCAAAAUGCAUCUUUCUGUAAUUCCAGACAUGCUCUCUGCCACCAUGAAGCCACAGGCUCUCAUCCGUGAUCAAGGGGAUUCAUUAGAACUCAUUUGUGAAGCGUCAACAGCAACAGCCCAACACACCCAUCUUUCUGUUACCUGGUAUCUUCUUCAAGAACAAGGCGAUGGACAAGCCCAGAGAAUUCUUUCUGUGUCCAGAGAUUUUGUCUUACUUCCAGGAUCCUCCUAUAAUCAAAGGUUUUCCUCAGGAGAUAUUAGGCUAGACAAAAUUGGGGGCAAACAAUAUAAAUUGUCCAUUGUCAACAUACAACCCUCGGACCAGGGGGAAGUAUAUUGUGAAGCAGUGGAAUGGAUUCAAGAUCCUGAUGAAACUUGGAAAGAUAUUGCCCGGAAACAGACAGAAAAAACAUCACUAACCAUCAGAAGCCUGGAAAGCCACUUGCAAUUGUUUGUGGGGGUCAAUAAAGAAAAAAUCAUGGAAGGAGAAACUUUGGUCUUCCACUGUAAUGUGAGUUUAGCUGCAAAUUCACUAUCUGUGAACUGGUGGCAUAUCCAGAAGGCCAGAGAUCCUCCAGUGCUCUUAGCCAGCAUGGAUCAAGAUGGCAGACUAAAGAUAGGUACAUCCUAUUUGGAGCGCAGUGCUCAUGGUGAGCUCAAAUUAGAGAAGAUGGACCAUUCUGCUUUCAUCUUGACCAUCUACAACACUUUAGCUGCUAAGGAUACUGGUCUUUAUCGCUGUGAAAUGACAGCAUGGUCCAAGGGCAGGAACUGGAGAAACACACAGGAAAUCUCAACAGAAGUUGAACCACUGGGACUGAAUUUGAAAGCUGUACUGAGCAGCAGAGUUCCAAAUGUAAAGCUGCAUGAAGAGUUUGAACUGUUUUGCAAGGUGUCCACUAAUGACGUCACCAACAAUGUGCCAAUCUCCAUCACCUGGCAGUUUCAACCUAGCAUAAAGCUGGGUGGUGGCUAUCAGCGAGUGGUCAAAGUCACUGCUGGAGGCGCCAUCGAAUGGGGAUUGGGCUUUAUGCAAUUCCAGAAGAAAACAAAAAUUUCGAAACUCUCUUCUUUCUCCCAGCUCAUAAUCCACAGUGCCACAUGGCAAGAUGCAGGGUUGUAUAGGUGUGAAGCAGAAAUCUGGAGGAAUGCAUGGCAAGCCAGAAAUUUGUCUAUGGUAGCAGCUGCCAUGGUAUUCUCUAAUCCUGUUGAGAUAAAGGUCACAAAACCAGAAAUCAAGCUAAGAGUCAACAUGGAUGCGAAGUUUCUGGAAAUCUCUAGCAAGGAAGAUAUAGAAAUUGACUGCAGAAUCCUGUCAUUGACCAAUGAGGAUUCUCAGUUAGGAGUUACCUGGUAUUUUGUCCCAUUUUCUCCUGUGGAUGCAGUUCCACUGCUGAUUAUAAAAACUAAUUAUAGUAACGUAUUAGAAUAUGGGGAAGCAUUCAGUUCUCCACAUCAGAAAUCCAGGUUCCAUAGUGAAAAGGUCUCCAAAUACCUGUACCAACUGCUUAUUCUGUCAGGGGAUUAUGAUGCCCAUGGUAAAUAUUACUGCAUAGUAGAUGAAUGGAUCUGGUCAACAGAUGGUGGCUGGUACAAACUUGGAAAGAUGGAGUCUGGAAAAACCACAGUGCAUUUUACGCUUUCAGAAAAUAAACCGUUCAUUGAAAGAACAAACUACAGCAUUACUGUCACCGAAAAUGAGGAUGUGAUCUUGAAUUGUACCCUGCAAAACCCAAUACAGCCCACAUCCCACUUCUCCAUCAGUUGGUUUAAAGUGUCAGAAUAUUCCAGUACUGAAACGCUAGUGAAAAUGAAAAAUAAUGGUAUCCUUGAGUAUGGCGAUGGGAAGAUGACAAGGAGGUUGCAGCCCCACUGCCCGUCUGUUGGUGAUUUUCGUCUGGUCCUGCAGAAUGCAGAAAUGGCAGAUGCUGGGCUGUUCUACUGCCAGGUGGAAGAACUGCAGGCAAUCAACUGUAAUGCUACACGAGUCCAACAUGCAUUGGGUCAAUCGGGAUACAGCCAGCUUGUUGUGCUCCCUUCAGCAUCAACCAAUUCUUCCCAGAUCUGUUCUUCUCCAUCACUUUUCCAUUUCAUUUUAUUCUACCCUCUGGUUCUGUUCCUUAUCCUGAUGGCUAUUUUCCUCUUCUUGCACUUUAAAAAGAAACAUGUUCAGAAGAAAAAACUGAAUCUGGGAGAAAGCAAGACAUCUGGUGAAGAGCUUGAGGUGGUGGCACCAGCCCACUUCAAAUUCAGUGACAAAAGUAGUAGCAAUGCUGCAGAGGAAGUAAUCCAUCGUCUCAAGGCUAAUGAAGAGGACUGACUGUUCCCUGAAGAGUGGAUAGAGCCAUUUGAUGUCACGUGGAAUGCAAAUGACUCUUUUCUUCAGGCAGUUAAAGUAGCCAUGGUUAUGGAUUGCUUUUCUGUUCUCUGUAGCAUCCAUUUGAGGUCCUCCCAAAUUGUCACUUCUGUCUUAUCCCACCCCUGUGAAUCCAACAAACUACAUAACUCUUGAAUUCCAUUUCUUUGCAAAAAUAGGCAUUUAAAUCUUAACUCACA